UCAGCAGUGGCUGGCACAUGCUAACCAAACAAUAUUCACAUAUACUCAGCAUAGUUAAAAAUUUAGGAGAAAAAAUAUGAAAUAUUCCCAAGUAAUUGAGAAACAGGAUAUCUGAUAAACAUCACUGCACAAACCCCGAGACAUUAGAGUUAACGGAUUGAUGAGAGUGUCUGUCCUUUCUGUUAACCGUCUCACAAUGACGUCCAUUGAGUGUAGUGACUAACAGUUGCCCAUAUAAUAGGAGCGACUGCUCGGCUGGUUAACUAUUGUCUGUCGCCGCGCACACACGUACCAAUUGAGCAUUUGUGUACAAACACUUAAGAUAAUAGAUGCUGGGCAGAAGAGCUGGUCAGCGUGGAUAAGAUCACAAGAGGAAUGAUUGAGGAACACAAGGGCCAGAAACACUUUCAACGGUAACUAUUCAACUGAAAAAACAUCUAAAUAAAAUCAUAAAGGAGGCGGACAGGAAGUGACUGUGCAUCUGAAAACCGUUGAGCAUCACUGCUUCAGUUCAUUGUUCAACAUCCAGCUCUCCGGACAAGCUCCUCAAGCAAGACCUUAUAUCCACUUCCAUAUCAACACGUUGUUUCACAGAUUCACAAUGAACAACAACACCAUCUCAGACCUCAAUAAUUCAACUGCAUCACCAUCUAGCAUGCCUCCAACCAGAGCGUCAGAGAUCAUCUGUUUUAUUGACGCCCAGCUGGCAUUUAUAGUGACCGCCUCUGCUGGUGGCGUCAUUCUGAUCCUUCUAACCACCACUAUAGUGUUGGCGUGCAACGUCUCCAGACUGAAACGUCGCCGUCGGGCCCCUCGUCCAUCACGAAGUAACGCCGACCUAGUGAGCGGGACGGGUUACUGGGGUACCGACAUAAGAGAGGGAGGCAUAGUGGGCCCGUGUGAAACCAGCGUUCUUCUGGAGGAAGUCAAGACUGAUGGAGAAGAAGAAGAGGUUCAGGAUGGAGAGGCCGGUUCAAGCCAGUACAUCUCUACAACAAACAGCGCUCAUAACUCUGAAAGUGUCCAAGCAACCAUCCAGAGCUCAUCAUCAAGAGAUUCCUGCAUAAAUCCUGUAAACUUGGAGAACAUGCCUCUAAUGGUUUAAAGCAUAAUGCAAAGGGUUUUUUUGUGGGGGUGUGAUGUCAGAUGUCUGCUGGAAAACAGUGUGAUAUUGUACCAGCGGCAGUGGUAUAAUUAUAUUCUUUACUUUCAACUCAAACUUUCCGAAAAAAAAAAGAUCUUAAAUAAAUUCUUUGAAUAAUGUUUUUUAUAACGGCAAAAGCACAACAUUACAAACUUCAUUUAACAUGUUUAACCGAUUUUAUAACAUAGAUUUUAACUAGCAACUAACUAUGAAUGUGUUCAACUUAGAAAAUUGUCAGGAAAGAAGCAAAAGAAUGUAGAUUUGAUGGCAAAGCCAAUGGGUUGAAGAAAAUGAGUUUGCCUGGACAAUGGACAAAGGCAAAAAAAAGAGAAACCCAAUGAUGGAAUUACUUUUUUGUGAAUAACACAAUGUGUACAGCAUUAUAAAUUUGAGGGCAACAUACUAUUUGUAUAUAUAUUUUUUAAGACUGUUAAACGGUAAAGCAAAGCAGUUUCAAUUCUUGGAACCCUUGAGCAUUCUGACUGUUUGAAAGGCCUCACAAACCAUUUUUUACUUCUCAUUCUCUGACAUCCAAUACUUUACUCCCUAUUUGUACUUCAACAAAAUAAAAUGCUAACGAUAAAAAACCAUUGUACCUAGUUUUUUUAAGAUAAAGAACUGUCCUUCAUCAUAAGUCACUGUACGAAAUGUUUCCUUUCUUAUUACAGAUAAAUUCCAUUGUUUAGAUUCACAUACAAAAGGAACUUUUUGAGGAUUACGCAAACAGUCAUGAGAUCAUAUGCCUUCAGACAACUUCUGCUGAAAAUGUUCUUACACGAUGUGCAAAUCUAUAAUGGCAGUUCUUAUAAAAACAUUUAAAUUACUUUUAAAUGACUAAAACAGUAAAUAAUGAAACUCAUAUACUGAUUCAGAAAAUGCCCUUGUCGCAAAAAGCGUCCGUUCUCACACCGUUACCACAGACAAAAAACAGCUUUUAGCAAAAAACGAAUGCAACCAUAGCUUUCAUUUCCUGUUGAGUAAAAGUUCCGUAUUCACCAGCAAACACUUCAGUCUUCAGCAAAUGCUUCUGAGGCGGUCGGGGUGUUCCGACAAGAUAUCUUUAUAAACAAAAUGAGGACUGUUUCAUGCCCACUUGUCGUCGUCUUGGUUUUCUCGCUACCAUGGAGACUAAACAGUAAAGUAACACCAGCUAUUAAUAUCAAGAGGAACAACGAGCAUAUCACUGAACACCAGAGGCUUACACAUGUAGCAGAAGGGCCAUCAGGACUUAGGCAAUACUCUACUGAUGCUGGAAAAGAAAACGUGGUUUCACUUUCAAGAAGCGUUCAGACGCAACACCUCACAAGUGAAUCAGAGCGGCGUAUCAGCGUGAAGACUUCCAGAGCUUAUGUAGUGAAUCAGAGGAGAAAAAGAAAUAUAGAUGACAAUGGACACAACUUGACAACACCGAUGCAAACACAACCGGAAGGAACGACUUUAAAAAAGGAACUACCAAGCAGCCUCAGACCGCAAGCUAUCCCAAAUACAACGAAAAUUGAUGAAAGAACCACCAAAAGGGUUUUGGAUGCAAUGGAAAAUAAGACACAGGAAACCACAGAGGACAUACCAUCUUCAACUACAAACACGCAUCCAAACGUAACAGGUGUGGAAGGCACCAAAACCAGCGCAAACGGUGAUCUUCAUACCCCUCAGUCGACACUGGACACUACAGUCCAGUCCAGCCCCACAACACACACUCACACCUUUACAGUAACACCCGUGACAGAUUUAAAAGAGACGGAGAGUAUGAAAACCACACUGAAACAAAUUACAACUGAAAGGCCAACUGGAUUUGACGUAAAGACAUCUACGAGCAAGCCGGUGGAGAUAUUCACAACAACUCUGACGACCACCACUGAGGGUGCGAUUCCUUCACCGAACAACAACAACCAGAGGAAGAACCCUGGAACGGCUGUGGCGGCUAUAAUAGGCACAACUUUUGUAUUGAUGUUCAUAGCCAUCUUAUACAUUUUGGUACGAAAACGAAAAUUACAAAAAAAGCAGCUAGAUCAUCCUGAGUGGGCUGGACCCUCGCCGUUCCUGGAAACCGACGUUCAACCUAACCUGCCGAGUAUUGAGGAGUCUGACUCCGUCGACAGGCGAGGCUUCGGCCAGAUCUCCAAAUACCUUCCCCAACGGCUCUCCAAACAUCUGACUUUUUGGAAGGACACGAACGAGGAAGUGUUCAUGGGGGACAUACUGCAAGGAAGCAGCACAUUUGGCAAUCAUUAUCAGGAUGACGUCCAAGGACCCAAUGGGGAACCAACACAGGUUGAAGAUGUACCAAAGACAGAAGAAAAUGAAAACCAUCAAGGCCCGACUUCUGGGGACUCUGUAGAAUCCAAAAGCCAAUCGGUCAAAGUGGAUAUUAAAGAACCAGGCAAUCAGAAUGAUGAUCUCACUGCGACUCCAUCUCAAGACACUGUAGUUAAAACAUUGCCACCCUUAGUGUCUAUAGAUCUUGAUUCUCUUUCAGAAGAAACAGCUCCUUCCCAAACAUUAGAUGUUGGGAAUGUUCCUCCAGCUCCACCACUGCCCUAAUCUCGAUGUAGAUCUUCAAGCAUAUAAAAGCACUCAAUGGAGAAAAACAGACUUCUAUUUGUAAUAAUAAAGACGCAACUAAUCAUAAAUUCAUAUAUUCAAAGCUUUUGCUUGAACCAAACAGUUCUUGGCCACCAUUGACUACCAUAGUAGGAAAAAUGACAAUGGUAGUCAAAAGUACCCAGAACUGUUUGCUUUCCUACAUUCUUCAAAAUAUCUUCUUUUGUGUUCAACAGAUCAAAUUUUUCCUACUAUAGUAGUCAACGGUGGCAUGAAAACAGCAAGAAUAACAAAACAUAUGUCUGUAUAUUACUGCAUUGCUGCUGUCACUGGGUGCCGUCCUAAAACGCAAAAUACAAGAAGCUACUGUCAACCACAUAAAUGCAGAGCUCACAUCAGUAAUUCCUCACUGUAACUACUCCGUUUGUACCCUUACUUUUAUUCUGCUGUAAAAUAAAGCAAUUUUGUGUUGCCACAUGUUUUAAAAUGCCAUGUGCAUGUAGCACAUUCAGCAAAGUAACAUUUGUAAUUUGAUGAAAACAAAGUGUCUGUAACAUUUAUCAUCCUCACAAAUAUGUGUGAUGGUAUCAAAUCGUUAGUAUCAGGUGGUAAGAUCACAUUGCUUUGAAACAAACCAUGUUACAGAAUGACUACCAUUUUCAUAUACCAAUAACAGGUCCCACUAUUAAACUCACCAGUCAGUGCCACAGUGCAACUAAAAGACUCACAAACUGCCCAGGGAUCAGUGAUUUACACUACACUAGGUAGAAAGCGCGUACAGACGUUUACUGUGUGCACAGGCUUGAAUGUCGGGUCUGUGCAACGCAUGCACCAGAAGUGAGAGAGGAAAUGUCACAGCAGAGUCAUAUUGGGACAUAAACCACAAAACUAUUUCUUGCCUUUUGAUUUCCCUCAAAGCUAACUCUCUCCAUCCGGUGGGAUUUCAGCCAGCAUUUAGUGGCUACAUCAACUAUUGCUACAGAACUUGAAGUGAAUAACUAAACUGUUAAAGCUAGUAGUUAGUCAGUAGGUAUAUACUCUCUACAUAUAGAUCUAAUACUAACCCUUAUCCACAGGUAUAUUAAAGGGAUAGUUCACCCAAAAAAGAAAAUUUUCACCCUCAGGUUGUUCCAAACCCCAUGGGGGAUGAGAUCUGUUUGGUUACUGACAUUCUUCCAAAUAUCUUCCUUUGUGUUCAGCAGAACAAACAAAUUUAUUCAGGCUUGGAACAACCUGAGGGUGAGUAAAUGAUGACAGAAUUUUCAUUUUUGGGUGAACUAUCCCUUUAAAUACUAAUAUGGUAUUAUGGUUUUAUUGAAUACAACAGUAAUAUUAAUAUCAAGUUAUAGUACUUUCUGUAAAUGUUAUGAUAUUAAGUUCCGAUUACAGUCCAUCGGUCUCAUUUACUGCUGCAGAUUUUCCGCCUCAAUAGCUUCAGCUCUUCCAAAGAUUCACUGUGUUGCUAUGCAGGUGUUCUCACAUUGUAUUGGUGUUGCUAUGCUGCUUUUAUGCACCGGUACAUUCACACCCCAUUGGUGCUCCUAAAAGAUGCACGUGUUCAUUGAGAACACUAGGGGGAAACAGAUGGGUGACAAACAGAGCAAAAAGGACAACAGCAAGCCAGACCACCACACAUUAGCCUAAUGGGCUGGAAAAGAAGCGUUUUAUGGUGUUGGAGCAAUCGGUUGUGUAAAGCAUACCAUAUUUGAUUGACUUCUAGUGUAAAUGACAAUUGUACAACAUGCAACUACAGUGCAGUGAAAUAAAGCAGUUUAAAGGGAUAAUUCACCCAAACUAAAGAUUCUGUUAUCAUUUAUUCACACUCAUGUUGUUCAAAACAUGUAUUUGACCAUUUCUUCUGUGAAACACAAAAGAAGAUAUUUUGAGAAAUGUCUUCGUGAUUUUGGGUCAAUAUAAUGGAAGUCCAUAAGGGUCAAUGUUGUUUGGUUGUAAACGUUCUUUAAAAUAUCCAUUUUUGUGUUCUGCAGAUGAAAUAAAGUCAUACAGGUUUGGAAUGACAAGGGGGGAGUAAAGGAUGAAAGACUUCUUAUUUUGGAGUGAACUAUCCCUUUAAGUCUUUUAUAGACCACCAACUUAUUAUUUCAAGAACCUUUACUGCUAAGUAUCUCUGUACAUAAGAUGUGGAAGACAAACUUUUCAGGUCAGAUGCAUGACGUUAUAAACACAUACAUAAACGCAGUUUUGUUUUAGCACUCAAUCAUAUUAUAUAACAAUUACAACACAAUGGCAUCUGAUGACAAAUAUUGACAAUGGGAGCAUGCAUGGAAUGACAAACUUCAAACCAGAACACCUUCAGAAACAAACAUUGUGCAAUGAGGACAUGAAAGCAUGUCACCCCAUCUCCUGCCUUCAUCUGCAUCAAACACGGCCAGAUUAGUUCAUCACAGACCGGCACCAUCGCAAUGCAGAAGUUAAUUUAUCAAAAGCACUGGGUUGUAAAUAAUCAGGUUGUAUUACACGCAUGGACUGUGACAUG